GGCGGCUACAGCCAGCUCAACAGGUUUUGUAUGAGAGGAAAAACAUAAUGUGAGAAACACACACCUGCCACCAACAGAGACACGUACACACACUGGAAACAUGAAGCCGAUCGUGCUGCUCUGUUUUGCUCUGCUGCUGUCCGUCUAUGUCCUGUCUGUGGACAGUGAGGCGGUGACUGACAGCGAUGGGGCGUUGAUGUCUGAAACUCCAGAACAAGAAGCUCUUGCUACUCCAGCAGAGGCUGACUGUAAGAAGUUUGGGGAAACCUGCACCAGGGAGUAUGAUCCAGUAUGUGGCAGCGAUGGAAACGACUACAGCACCGAAUGUGUCCUCUGCGAGGAAAACAGAAGAGAGAAGAAGAAUGUGAAAAUGGUAAAGAAAGGAAAGUGUUCUCCUUAACCGUACAUGAAGCCCAGUAACAGACAGACAGACAGACAGACACACACACACACACACACACACACACACACACACACACACACACACACACACACACACACACACACACACACACACACACACACACACACACACACACACACACACACACACACACACACACCUCUGGCUGUGUAAUGGGUAUAUCAUAUCUAUUUCUGUAACUGGCUUUCUGAAUAAAGUUACACAUGGCAA